GCCUGUUCGCAUCCGCACCUGCUUCGGCCUCGACUCUGCACAGCGCCCGCUUUCCUGCUCUUUUUGACCGUUUCCGAGGGAUUUUCAUUCAUUUCUGCUUUUCCACCCGCAGUUCUCUCGCAGCAGCAAUGUUCGUUCUUCCGCCGCCGCCAAAGUUCCCCGUCGGGAGCCCCGCCUAUGCUGCGGCCCUAUCGCAAAUGCGGGACCAGAAUCUCGACACCCACAACACCCUCAAGUUCCCCACCGGCGACGAAUAUGUAUUCACUACUGGCGAGGGCCAGUAUACCCUCCGCGAAGAUAUACAUCUCGCCACUCCCCCUCCUCAUCCAUCUGAGGUCCCAAUCAUUAAUCCAAACCCGCUAUCUACUGCUCCAGUUCCUGUGACUGCUGGCGUCAAGCUCUCGCUCUGCAGUAUCAAGUAUCGAAGCGAUUCCAACCCAGGCAUGUAUCCGACCACCACCAACCAGCUCUCGAUCGCCGAAACCCGCUCCUCCGUGGGCUCGGAUUUCGACGAUAACGCGAGCGACAGAUUCUCUACUGGUGGAAUGUCGAGAUUCAGCGGCGCAAUGUCGUCUUCUCUCGCGUCGCAGUCCCAGUUUGGAUCAUACAUGGAGUCAGAUAGCAGCGCCAAUGCGAACGCAUUGAGCGCAGUCCUGGCUAAUGCUGUCGCGAGCCCGUCUUCUUCAAAGGACGGAAAGAAGAGGAAGCCGAAAAACAAUAUGGCGAAGAGCAACAGCUCGUUUGUCUCGCGCAUCACUCCGCACGAGCACCUCGCCAAACGGCUCAGCGAGCGACAGUCUGAAGAUCUAUAUUUCUUUGCAAACAUCAACAGAUCUUUCAACUGGAUGGACUUUGCUGCUCCAAAGUAUAAACAUGAGCCUCUAUCUAAAGUGCUCUUCACCAAGGCACAUCCCAUCUGCCAUGACGUAAACCAGCUCACGAGGAGCUCGCAACAUAUUGAUGUCGCCAUGGGUUUCUCGUCUUCUGACAUUAUCUGGUACGAUCCCAUGAGCACCCGAUACAAUCGAUUGAACAAAAACGGAGUGAUCAAUAGCUCGGCCUGCGCGGAUAUCCAGUGGAUCCCGGGAUCAGAGAAUCUGUUUAUGGUAGGACACAUGGACGGAUCGAUUGUGAUCUACGACAAGGAAAAAGACGACUCGAACUUCCAGGAUGAGAUGAACAGCGGUCUCGCACCGGACGAGCGUAAAGAGACGAAAGACGGGUUCCAGGUAAUCAAGAGUAUACACGGAAACCAAAAGAUGCAGAAGCAGAACCCUGUUGCUUAUUGGUCUGUGUCGCGGAAACCAAUCACCGCGUUCGCGUUUUCGCCCGAUUGCACUCACGUUGCUGUUGUGUCUGAAGACGGAUAUCUGAAGAUUAUUGACUUCCUGAAGGAGAAAUUGGUCGAUGUGUUUAGCGGAUACUAUGGCGGACUUCUCUGCGUGUGCUGGUCGCCGGAUGGUCGAUAUAUUUUGACCGGAGGAGAAGACGACCUUGUCUCUAUAUGGUCCUUUGCAUCUCGCUCGCUAGUCGCACGCUGCCAAGGUCAUCAAUCGUUUGUUCGGUCUGUUGCAUUUGAUCCUUGGCGGUGCGAUGAGCGUGUAUACAGACUAGGAAGUGUUGGUGAUGAUUGCCGGCUUUUGCUGUGGGAUUUCUCUGUUAAAUCUCUGCAUCGGCCACGGGGAGUACGUUUUCUGUCAUCAGUUCUUUUUAUUUUGGUUAUGUCAGGUUCUAACUUUACGUUGAUAGAAUGCGCACCGCGGUAGUGUUUCCUCUCGAUACAGCACAAACAGCAAAAAUCUCCACGAUCUCCAAAGCCUUCGCUCUGGCCGUACUCGGUCGGACUCGAAUGCCGUCGCUGUAGACGAAGAAGAGGCGUAUCAUCCGAUCGCUUCCAAAGCUAGCAUACCCAUUAUCCCACCCGUGAUG